UUUCAUUAAUUUUGCAUUUUCAUUAUUCUCUCUCUCGCGCGAGUUUUCCUUCCAUCAAAACGGCAACAGAAUUUACACGCACAAGACACACUAACAUCUCACACAUUCAUCGCAGUUUGAGAUUAGUGUGACCUUCUUAUUUGAAACUCACCGUUUUGAUGCUGCUUUCUCACUCAAUCACAGCUCCAUGCAAUUGUUCCGGUUGUGCAUCGCAUGAUUGGGAUAGUUUGGUAAUAUUUGUAAAUUGAAUAGUCUGUUUUUAUUUUUUACGUCUAUUGUUGGGUUUAAUGUUAUUGAUUUAGUUUACAGCUUCGUUGUUUGAUCAGUUCCUGUGAUUUUGGCGAUCAUGUAAUACUCUUUUACUUCAUAUUUGGAGCUCCCUUCGGAUUUGGCCCAAGUUUGAAGCUUCAGAUGUUGUAUUUCUGCCUUCCUGGCCCUUUUCUUACUUCUUUGGGGUUUUCCAGUUCAACAGCUUUUCUCAUAAAUCUUUGAAGCACCUUCUGCGGAUUUCAAUCGAAGUGGAUGUUGGUCCUUCAUUGAACCUUUGCUUCACAAUACAAUAGGAAUCAGAUAUCUGCACAUUAUUAUUUAAUCCUCUGGGGGGGCAAGUAGUUGAAUCCGUCAGAACAUAGACAACCAAUGAAUGGCGAUGAGAAUUUCUCACUGGAUUUCAUGAUCAUAAGUUUUUGCAAUGGGGUACUUGAGUGUGGAGAAGAAGUGGGUGUUCCCUCUUGUUAUAAGUUCAUUAGUAUGUGUUUUCCUUCUGGCAACCUCCUUUAAUAUGGGUCUUGUGUCCUCAUUGCACACAAUCAAUUCUAUUUUCUCAAUAUUCCCUUCUCGUCUCACAUCCAAUGGCUCUAGCUUUGUCGAGUCAAAAAUAAAUCAAGCUCCUCCACUUGUUCCUCCUCCUCUUCCAAAAUUUGCUUAUUUGAUAUCUGGAUCAAAAGGUGAUGUGGACAAACUUUGGAGGACUCUUCAUGCUUUGUAUCACCCUUGGAACUAUUAUAUUGUUCAUCUAGAUCUCGAGUCACCCUUAGAUGAGAGAUGGGAACUCACAUCCCGGGUGGCUAACCACACACUUUUUACGAAGGUUGGGAAUGUUAUUGUAAAUAACAGAUCAAAUAUGGUCACUUAUAGGGGUCCCACAAUGGUUGCCAAUACCCUUCACGCAUGUGCCAUUCUUCUAAAGAGAUUUAAAGAUUGGGAUUGGUUUAUAAAUCUCAGUGCUUCAGAUUAUCCUUUGGUUACUCAGGAUGAUCUCCUCGAUACAUUUGCUGAUUUGAAAAGAGAUCUCAAUUUUGUAGAACACACUAGUGACUUAGGCUGGAAAGCUGCUCAGAGGGCAAUGCCACUGAUUAUUGAUCCUGGACUUUAUCAGACAACCAAAUCUGACGUAUUCGCUGUUGGACCCAAAAGAAAUUUACCAACAGCAUUCAAAUUGUUUACUGGCUCAGCUUGGAUGAUCUUAUCACGUGCGUUUGUCGAGUACUGCAUAUGGGGCUGGGAUAAUCUCCCAAGAACCCUGCUGAUGUAUUACUCAAACUUUGUUUCCUCCCCAGAAGGUUAUUUCCAAACCGUCAUCUGCAAUGCUCCGCAGUUUGUGCCAACUGUUGUCAACCACGACAUGCACUAUAUAUCGUGGGAUAACCCCCCACAACAGCAUCCUCACACUCUCUCCGUCAAUGACACAGCAGACAUGAUUGCUAGCGAUGCUCCAUUUGCACGUAAAUUCAGAACGGAUGAUCCGGUUUUGGACCGGAUUGACCUUAAUUUACUCAGGAGGAAAAAGGGGGGCUUUACGCCUGGUGGCUGGUGUGCAGGAAAACCUCGCUGCUCGAGGGUGGGAAACCGGAGCAAGCUUAGGCCGAGUCCUGGUGCUCAAAGGUUGCAACGCCUCAUAGGUAAUAUAGUAUUUUCAGAAAAUUUUACUAAAGCUCAAUGUUUCUAGAAUCCUUCAUCCGCUGCCGCUUGAAGUGGAGGAAGACGGCGGGAGAAUCGACAAGAGGCAAGAUUAUACGUAGUAAAGCAUCCAAUAAUUAAUUAGAAUCAGUACAUGUAUACAAAAGUAUUGCUUACUUCAGCCAUGUAUUUGUAGGUCCUUCACAUAUAUAAUGCUCUUAUCCAUAUUAUCAUUGGCUGCUCCAUUUCAAUAUUAAUUAUAUUGGUUUCCUCUA